AUGGACAAGAGACAGUCGGUCGCGGGCGAAACGGUUCGUGGUGGCAUCGCCACAGCCUCUGCUGGUGUCACUACCACCGGCGGAGCAAGGAGGAAGCCGACAGGUGUCGUGCCCCUGAUGCUAGCAUCGCCAACGGCGGUGACAACAAGGGGCGGCGCAGCGUCGCCGCAGACCAACACCAUCAGCGACGCCACAACCAGCCCGACGAGUACCACCCUCGGCCAACGUCUCCUUGCCCCGGCGCGUGCUGCCCUCCGCGGAGACGGACGUGUCACCAGCCGCUACCAGACCUUCUUCGAGGACUCGACACCUCCGCCGUCGCCGUCGUACGUCGGCCGGAGCAGCCUGAGCAACAACAACGCCGAGACGGGGUGGGGACAUGCACCGCUAUCGGCGCCGCUGGGCCUCGCGCCCAAGAACGAGGGGUACGACUACAGAUAUGACCAUGUUGCGCCUCCAGCCCCGAUACCAAAGGCCAAGGGAUUCAUGGGACUGAGCCGACGGGCGUGCUGGAUUGUUCUGGGUCUCAUCGCCAUGGUCAUCCUCGCGCUGGCUGUCGGGCUGGGAGUUGGACUGUCGACUAGUCACUCUUCAUCAUCGUCGUCGUUGUCCGAUAAACAAGCAGAUGGGAAUGACUCCGGUGUAUCUUCUUCCCAAACAGCAACAGCGACGAAAGAGGCAACAGCAACAACGACGGAGGCCGCAACAGAAACAACGACGAGUGCUAUCCCGUCGACAACACAAACCGUCGUCGACGUCGACGACAGCGACGCCUGCCCCAUGGCCAACAACACGCUCUACAAUAUCGAAGGCUCGACAAAGCAGUUCCUCCGCUUAUGUGGCGUGGACUAUAGUGGCGAUGGCGGCGCAGAUGACCUGGGUAUCGUGUACACGGUAUCGAUGCAGGACUGCAUGGUCAAUUGUGCGGGCUACGACGGCUGCACAGCCUGCUCGUGGGGGAUCCUAGCGGACGAUGGGGCGCGUGAUAAUCAUCGGUGCUGGCUCAAGACGAACCUGGGCAAGGCGCAAAAGGCGAGGGCUAGUUGGGACUUUGCGAUACUGCAGUAA